AUGGCCGCAAUUAGGCAGCUUGCCUAUGCCGGGCCUGCUGACAUGUUCGACGAAUAUCUACAGAUGGGCGAAACGACGGCCCUCAAGACGUUGAGGCAGUUUUGCAAGGGUAUCAAAGAACUCUUCAAAGGGGAGUACCUACGGAAACCGACGGCCGAGGAAUGCCAGAGACUGAUAAAUAUGCACGGGACAGUGCAUCAUUUUCCGGGCAUGAUGGGCAGCAUCGAUUGCAUGCACUGGGAGUGGAGGAACUGCCCGGUGGCUUGGAAGGGGCAGUUCACUUCUGGUUUCAAAGGGCGACAUCCCACGAUGAUUCUUGAAGCCGUUGCUGACUACCGCUUGCGAAUCUGCUUCGUGGCCAAUGGCACGCAGUACAACAGGGCAUACUAUUUGGCCGAUGGAAUAUACCCUCGCUGGCCCGUGUUUGUCAAGACGAUCCGACAACCUGUUGGGCCGAAGCAGACCUAUUUUGCAAAAAAACAAAAGGGUGCUAGGAAGGAUGUUGAGCGGGCUUUCGGAGUCUUCCGAUCGCGAUGGGCCAUUUUACGGUGUCCGGUUCGACAAUGGCACGAAAAUGAUGUCGCGGACAUCAUGACUGCGUGUAUCAUACUGCACAAUAUGAUAAUAGAAGACGAAGGCUUUAGUGCAGAGCGUUGGGCACCGGAAGAUGGUGCUAGCACAAGUCACGGUAUUGCAACCCCUCCUCUGCAGAUGGGUGUACCACGCAGUAAUGAAUACUUGAUUCAGCGCUUCACCAAUAUGCGGAGUGAAAUAUCACAUUCAACACUGCAGGCUGAUUUGGUUGAAGAGGUCUGGAACCGUAGAGGAGGGGGCGCAGCGUGA